CCCCCCCUCUCUCUCUCUCUCUCUCUCUCUCUCUCUCUCUCUCUCUCACUUUUGCCUUUCUCCGAACGGGUCAUCUGCGUCGCUCCACCGCCGCCUCCUUAGCUGCCGAAAAUCUCCGGCCAACUUCCGGCGACCGCUCCAUACCACUAAGUUCCGAGCUGGUUUCAAAACGCAUAGUUUCCUGCCAUUUGGUUGGCCGCAGAGGACAAAGGAGGGGACUGCAUGGUUUAACGAUCGGAGGGAGACGUAAACGAGCGGUCGCGUUCAAUCGCAACGGAGAUGUAGGGCGCGAGUUGUCCCCGAGACGAUACUGAUAGAAUCGGCGGUGUUUUGCUGAGCUCCGAAGACGGCUGCGGCGUCUGAAGGGUGAUGGGGAGGGCGGCGGCGGCGGCGGCGGUCCUGGCAGCUGCGGCGGCGUGCGCUGUGGCUGGUGUAGCGGUGGGGAGGCGGGUGAGCAGCAGGAGGAAGUGGGGUCGCGUGAUAGAUGUGUUGAAGGAGCUUGAAGAGGGCUGCGACACUCCGGUGGGGAGGCUGAAGCAGGUAGUGGACGCGGUGGCGGUUGAGAUGCACGCGGGCUUGGCCUCCGAAGGCGGCUCCAAGCUGCGAAUGUUGCUCACCUUCGUCGAUAAUCUUCCAAGCGGGAGAGAGAAAGGAACAUUUUAUGCUUUGGACCUCGGUGGCACUUACUUUAGGGUCUUGCGGGUUCAGCUAGGAGGACAAAGGUCUUCCAUCCUUUCACAUGAUGUGGAACGACAGCCUAUUCCUGAACAUCUCAUGACUGGUAGAACCAAGGAUCUUUUUGAUUUUAUUGCUUCUGUAUUCAAGCAAUUUGUUGAAAGAGAAGAAAGUGGUUCUGGAUAUCCAUUGGACAGAAGAAGAGAUCUCGGAUUUACGUUCUCUUUCCCUGUGAAGCAAACUUCUGUUUCAUCUGGUAUUCUAAUGAAAUGGACUAAAGGGUUUGCCAUUGAAGACAUGGUGGGAAAAGAGGUCGUUGCAUGUUUGCAGGAGGCAUUCACGAGAAACGGCCUAGAUGUCCGGGUUGCUGCACUGGUAAAUGACACAGUGGGAACAUUAGCUCUCGGACAUUAUCAUGACGCAGACACUGUUGCGGCAGUGAUAAUUGGAACUGGUACAAAUGCCUGUUAUGUGGAGAGGACCGACGCGAUUAUUAAAUGCCAGGGGCUUCUUACAACUUCAGGAGGCAUGGUUGUCAAUAUGGAGUGGGGAAAUUUUUGGUCAUCUCAUUUGCCUAGAACUUCGUAUGAUGUUGAUUUGGAUGCUGACAGUCCUAAUCCAAAUGACCAGGGCUUUGAGAAAAUGAUAUCAGGAAUGUACCUCGGUGAAAUUGUAAGGAGAGUUAUACUCAGGAUGACCCUAGAAUCAGAUAUUUUUGGGCCUGUUUCUUCCAAGUUGUCCAUCCCCUUUAUAUUGAGGACGCCAUUGAUGGCAGCAAUGCACGAGGAUGACUCCCCCGAUUUAACAGAGGUGGAAAGAAUCUUGAGAGACAUUCUCGAGGUCCGAGACGUACCGCUUAAAGUACGGAAACUGGCGGUAAAUGUCUGUGAUGUGGUGACCCGGAGAGCUGCUCGAUUAGCUGCUGCAGGGAUUGUCGGGAUUCUGAAGAAGAUUGGUCGGGAUGGUAGUGGAGGGAUCGUAAGUGGGAGGAGUAGACCCGACACUAGGAUGAGGAGAACAGUCGUAGCAAUUGAAGGUGGCUUGUACACGAACUAUGGGAUGUUCAGGGAGUACUUAAACGAGGCCGUGGUCGAAAUCUUGGGGGAAGAAGUGGCACAACAUGUAAUCUUGAGGGAAACAGAGGAUGGAUCGGGAAUCGGAGCAGCCCUGCUCGCGGCCUCAAACUCGUCCAGAAAUGUGGAUACCGUACAGAUGCUAUAAGAUCCCAGUAUUUAUACGAAUAGCCCUCUGUAAAUUUAGGAUUCUUGUAUUUAUUUUUUUUGGUCGUGUUCCAUAUCUUUUUCUUUUCUUUUUUUCAUUGUUAAUUUUACUUAUAAAUGAAAGGUAAGGGUUUCUUCAUAGCGUCAUUCCAUUGGAUUGAUAAUUCUUUAUUUGUAUAUUUUGAUGAAGAACCGGUCUCUCAAUUCCGUGAA